AUGGAUAGCUUAACUCGCGAUGAGGCUGCGGCCAGUCGCGUGCGCCAGGCUGAAGAGUUUCUUGAUCCUCACGACCAAAAUGCCCGGAGCUACAGGCCCGACAUCAUAUUGAUGCUGCAAAAAAACCAAAGACGACUAGUAGUGAACAUCGACCAUGUCCGCGACCACAAUCCCGAGAUUGCUGAGGGUCUAUUACUUGAUCCUUUCGAGUACUCCCUUGCUUUCAAUUACGCGCUGAAGCAGAUCGUCAAGACCGUGCCCAAUGCCCGCCCCGAUCAGACUCAUGAUGAGGUCCAGUACUAUUGCGCCUGGGCCGGCAGCUUUGGUUCGCACGCCUGCAACCCAAGGACGCUCUCUUCGCAACUCCUCAACCGCAUGGUUUCGAUAGAGGGCAUUGUGACACGAUGCUCCCUCAUUCGACCAAAGGUCGUCAAGAGUGUGCACCACAGCGAGGCCGAGGACAAAUUCUACUUUCGUGAAUAUCGUGAUCAGACCAUGACCAACGGCGUCACAACAUCGAGCGUAUAUCCGACUGAAGACCCCAAGGGCAACCCAUUGACCACCGAGUACGGUUUUUGCACGUACAGGGACCACCAGACCAUCUCAAUUCAGGAGAUGCCAGAGCGAGCACCCGCUGGUCAGCUUCCAAGAGGUGUUGACGUGAUCCUGGACGAUGAUCUCGUCGAUAAGGUGAAGCCCGGCGACAGGGUGCAGCUAGUCGGCAUCUUCAGGACCAUGGGAAACCGCAACACCAACCACAAUAGUGCACUUUUCAAGACCUUGAUCUUGGCCAACAAUGUUGUUCUGCUGUCAUCCAAGGCCAGUGGUGGCGUUGCGACAGCCACCAUCACCGAUACCGACCUGCGAAACAUCAACAAGAUCGCCAAGAAAAAGAACCUGUUCGAGUUGCUCUCGCAGUCACUAGCCCCCAGCAUCUACGGCCACGAUCACAUAAAGAAGGCUAUUCUGCUCAUGUUGCUGGGAGGUGUGGAGAAGAAUCUGGAGAACGGCACACAUCUGAGAGGAGAUAUCAACAUCCUCAUGGUCGGUGACCCUUCCACUGCCAAGUCCCAGUUGCUUCGAUUUGUUCUCAACACAGCUCCCUUGGCCAUCGCCACCACAGGUCGAGGAUCCUCGGGUGUUGGUCUCACUGCUGCCGUGACAUCGGACAAGGAGACAGGAGAGAGGCGACUUGAGGCAGGUGCCAUGGUUAUGGCAGAUCGCGGGGUUGUCUGCAUCGACGAAUUCGACAAGAUGUCAGAUAUUGACCGAGUCGCCAUUCACGAAGUCAUGGAACAGCAAACCGUCACCAUCGCCAAGGCCGGCAUUCACACCUCGCUAAACGCUCGCUGCAGUGUCAUUGCUGCCGCUAACCCCAUCUUUGGCCAGUAUGAUCCGCACAAGGACCCGCACAAAAACAUUGCUCUCCCGGACUCACUGCUCUCUCGUUUCGACCUGCUGUUCGUAGUGACGGACGAUAUUGAGGAUGCACGAGACCGUCAGGUAUCUGAACACGUCCUGCGCAUGCACCGCUACAGGCAGCCUGGCACAGAAGAAGGCUCGGUGGUGCGAGAGAACACGCAGCAGUCUCUAGGAGUCGGGAUGCAGAGCCAGAGCAACGAGUCGCAAAGGCCGACUGACGUUUUUGAAAAGUACGACUCGAUGCUCCAUGCCGGUGUGACGGUGACAUCUGGGCGAGGUGCCAACAAGAAGCCCGAAGUACUCAGCAUACCGUUCAUGAAGAAGUACAUCCAGUAUGCCAAGACGCGUAUCCGGCCAGUCCUGACGCAGGAGGCAUCUGACCGCAUCGCCGAUAUCUAUGUCGGUCUGCGCAACGAUGAAGUUGAGGGCAACCAGCGGCGCACUAGUCCAAUGACGGUUCGUACCCUGGAGACAAUCAUCCGUCUGGCCACAGCACACGCCCGAUCACGCCUGUCAAAUCGCGUGGAGGAGCGCGAUGCCGCAGCCGCCGAGUCAAUUCUGCGCUUUGCCCUGUUCAAGGAGGUAGUUGAGGCCGAGUCACGCAAGAAGCGGAGAAAGACUCAAAAUGUGGAGUAUGCCUCAUCGAGCGAAGAUGACAGCAGCGAUGAGGACGACGAUGGUGACUUGCGUAGCACUGCUCGUGCCAGUGCCACCAGGUCAGCUCGUGGUACCGCCAGAACUCGUAGAGGUGCGGCCACUACCAACGGUCGUCGCACCGACACAUCCAGCGUACCUGUCGAUGCUGACGAGGAUGACGAUGUGGAACAAGAUUCUGAGGCAGCUGCGCCAAGGCGCUCGAACAGGAGUCGCCGGGGAGCGGCCGCAAGCUCGUCACAGUCGCAAUCUCAGGUGUCAUACGCAUCUUCUGUGCCCGCCUCCCAGCUGGAAACCCAGGAAGAAGAUGAAGAAGACGCCGAAGCGGAAGGUCUUGCAGAUGAGGCUGCGGCGCUAAACAUCAGUCAGGACGACGGCCCUGAAAUAACUGCACCUAGACUAAGCGCUUUUCGACAGGCGUUGGGACAACUCCAGUCAACUGACUUGUUCGAGGAUGAUACUGCUAGCCUUGACAAUGUUGUUGAGGCCGUCAACGCCAAGAUCGGCUCUCGCAGCGGCGGGGCGUUCAGCAAGGACGAGGCUGUCAAGGCCUUGCGCAAAAUGGAUGAAGCAAACCAGGUCAUGUACACGGGCGGGGAUUUGGUCUAUCGCAUCUGA